CUAACACAGACCACUUCAACUUUCAUCUCUCAGCACCGGUCAGGUCUCGUCUCAGUUACGACUUACGCUGCAGCUCGUCUUUCAUCUCUCAACUCGUCGUCCGUUGUCUCUUUAAGUCUCAGGCCAGCCGCUGCUCCUGGCUCCUCGCCGAGUGCUCGCGACUCGAAAGUCGAAGGAUAUUGGGUGAUAAUUGGAGGAAUAGAUUGCCGUGACAGUGAUAAUGGGUUAAAAAGCACAAUUCUUUAGUUGGAAGACUAUAUAAUGCCGCUGGGACUGUUAUUAGGUUUAGGGAGAUCUUUCAGAAGAAAGCGUACUUCAUCUCUUGAUAUUCUUACAACAAAAAAGGUUCCUCGGGGCUUCUACAAGGGAAAAAAUUGCAAGCCUACUGGUUUUCACACUCGCAAAGGUGGUUAUGUUAUUGUGCAAGAGAAGCUGCCUAACUACGUAGUUCCAGAUUUGACCGACUUCAAGCUGAAGCCAUAUGUAUCCCAAUGCCCAAUAGGAACUACAAGUGCAAGUACGGAGGCAAACAAAUCAGCAAAAUAAGAAAGAAAGGAGAAAAAUGAUGAACACUUCCCCCCCUCUUCAAGGAUAUUUAGGUUUUCUCUGUGUUCAUUUUCUAGCUUAACAUGAAAUCAACGACUUGUUUGAUCCAUUCUUGCACACCUCUACAACGUCUACUUUUGUUGGGAUAAAAAAGUUGUCUUUUUCCUUUUUAGGUACUCAUCUUUUUCAUCUAAACAUGUCAUGGGUGACAUGAUCACUCUUGUUUGAUGCCUUUGUAGCUACAUUCUUUAUGUUGAUUAAGCUAGUUUGGUUGAAUA